GAGACAUGUCACAUGCCAAAUCCCCCAAAUAUUCAUCAGGUCCCUCAUCCCAGGAUCUGACCUCUGGGGCAAAGGACACAAAGGAGGGGGCUUAAUAGGUUAAUUAUUAACCAUCUGCACCUCUGGACACCACGGGAAUCGAAAGGCCACUACCCAGCUAGGUGAGGUGUACCAGCGAUGGUCAUGGGGUUCUCACUGACAUCCCCAACCCUGGGACGCUGGUUCUGCCAUGGAAUUCCUUUCGCUCUCUUCAUGUUGCUAUUUCUUUAUACUAGUUUGAGACUUUCCCAUGAGUGGCCUCUAGUAUUACCGGCUAGGAGAACCCAGCAGUCUGGCCGUUGGGAACUCAAGCCCCCUUCUCCCUCUCCAGUCCUCACUGCUUUGCUUCGGUUCACCUCAGAUGUCCUGACAGGCUGCAGACCCGGGAUGCAGUCCUGCAAUCCAGAGGGACCACUACCUUUCCAGGUUGUUCCGGAGUUGAUGCCCCUGGUGGUCCCAGAGAAGGAAGAGCCUGCCUGUCUGGGGCCUCAAGGGGUGCUGGGUCGCAUGGUGAGCCCCUUCUUGGCCUGUAUGAGCCCCGAAGGAGAUGUGGAGUUGUCUCAGUACCUGGCAGGAUGGAGGGAACUACUCAAGUUCCUAACCCCCCUUGGCUCUGUCUUCGCCUUCGCAACCAGUGAAGCCUCCAUCAAGGUGACCGCCCUCGAGGCUCGCGUGCAUGGCCCGGAUGCCUCGCACUACAAGUCGCUGGCGACUAUGGCGACAUGGGAGCGGCAAGCAGGACUACUGGAGCAGCCCGGGACCGCGUCCCGAAACCCAGCCAGCAGGGCCUCGGGCUCUAGAACGCUGCUCUUGCUGCACCGCGCGCUGCGCUGGUCCCAGCUCUGCCUCCACAGGGUGGCGACAGGGACGCACAGAGGUCCGGACGCGGGCGUGCAGUGUGGAGACGCCUACAGCACCACCCUGGCGGAACACCACCCCUGGCUCAUCCGUCAGGCCGCCCGCCUGGCCAUCCUCGCCCUCCCUAGUCGCGGCCGCUUGCUGCAGCUGGCAUGUCCCGGAACCGGAGAGGCGGAGGCGCGGGUGGCCCUGGCCCGGGCCGCCCGAGUCCUGGAGGACGUCUACAACCGUACCCAAGGCCUGCUGGACGGCCACAGCCUGCUCCAGCUGGCUUGAUGACCGACCGCGGUGUCAGGGGACUAACCAGGAAAGCGUUGCUGUGGGGAAGGAUCUACACACCCAGGGUCAUCAGGGAGCCGGCUGCCUGGGGAGCCGUCCUUCUCCGUGCUGUCACCACAGUUAAGGCCCAUCCCCAGUGGGGCAGAGUGGGUGGUGUAGGAUCCUCUCAUCUUCAGCCUCUCGAAACUUGAAAAAGCAAUGAGGGAUAAAGAAUUCUUUAGUAGCUGUCGACACACAGGGCGUUGUGUAUGACCGUGGAACCAACCAGCUUAAAGGAGGAGAUGUGUUCUCUGUAACUGAAUGGCUCGUAUUCCCCAGAGCCUAUUUCAGCCACUCCCAUGGCUUCAGUUGCCAGCUCUAUAGCAAGUCUCCAGUCCAGACCUGUUCUCUGAGCUCCACGCGCGUCCCACCUGAGUCCCACCCUGCCUCCACCAAAACUCUGCUUCCUUUUGUGUUCUCUGUCCCCAACCCAAAGCCUGUGCAUGAUGACUCUCACAAACAGGCACUCGGCUCCACAAAAUUUUUUAUCAAAGGUCUCCUUGGUCGCUCCCAUACUCGUGAACGUGAGUUAACCUUUUCGUAUACUAACCCCAAAAUUAUACCUCAAAUCUGUGUCUGAAUUCUAGAAUUCAGUAUAUCCAGCUGGCUAUUAGGCAUUUCUAUUUGGAUGUCAACUAGGCAUAGCACACCUAACAGGUUCAGACAGAGUUCCGAAUGCCUUCUCCUCCCAAAAUAACCCUUUGUAGUCUUGUGAGCUCAGUAAGGAAUUAUAUUUUUCCAGGUCCUCAGACAAAAUCUUGUGACACUGGCUUUCACCACAUUAACAUUUGAAUCUGUGAAAUCCUGACCAUCCCCACAUUUUCCUACAUUUGUCUACAUCAACCUUAUGUAUCGCCUACAUUAUUGAACUAGCCUAAUUGU